AUGGCGCUUUUUGGGGAGGAGAAGAUAAAGGAGUUGGAGGCGUUCGUUACACUUGCGCGCAACGAUCCCAGCAUCUUGCACCGACCAGAGUUGACGUUUUUCAAGGAAUAUCUGUUGUCUCUUGGUGCUAAACUACCGGAUUCGCCAGUUGAGGAGUCAGAGGAACAGGAGGUCCGUCAGGGCUCUGAGGAAGAGGUAUUUGUACCAGAAUCGCUCAAUGAUGAGGAAGUCGUCCCACCGGAGUCUACACCUGCUCCUGCGUUAGCACCUACUGAUGAGAAGGAGCUCACUGAUGAGGACUACGAAAAGCUCGCCAAGGCUAAGGAGGCGGCCACAGACGCGGCCGAUGCAGGCGACCUCGACAAGGCAGUUGAGUCAUACACGGAUGCGCUCCUUAUCGGCAACCCCACUGCACUUCUAUACACACGCAGGGCGGACAUCCUGUUGAAACAGAAACGAUAUGCUGCCGCGAUUCGCGAUUGUGACGAAGCGCUGAAGUUGAACCCGGACAACGCAAGGGCCUACCGAAUCCGUGGCACAGCUCACAGGUACCUUGGCCAUUGGAAGCAAGCGCAUAGUGAUAUAGAGAUGGGACAAAAGAUUGACUACGACGAGAACAUUUGGGACAUUCAGAAGCUUGUUGAGCAGAAGUUCAAGAUAAUUGAGGAGCACGAGAGAUCCGUCCAGCGGAGGAAAGAAGAAGAAGAGAGAAAGCAGCGCGAGAGGCGGGCGAGGGAGCAGCGAGCCAACGCACAGAGAACGUACGAAGAACAGAAGAAGCGUGAAGCAGGUAUUUGA